AUGUCGUUAAUAAUCCUCUACCUUUUGGUCGUCUUUAUGAACGCCGCCAACCUCUUUUUCCAAGUUUACUUUACUGUUAUGUACAGCGACCUGGAAUCUGAUUUCAUUAAUCCUGUCGAUCUUUGCAACCGUCUUAAUUUUUUUAUUCUGCCCGAAGCUGGAAUUCAAGCUGCUGUGGCUCUUCUUCUCCUGUUGUCUGGUCAAUGGCUUUCCUUCAUCUUUAACUUGCCCAUUCUUUUCUUUAACGCCAAAAAGUACAUUAAUAAGACCCAUCUUCUUGAUGCCACUGAGAUUUUCCGUACUUUGGGCCGCCACAAGAAUGAGAGCUUUGUCAAGCUUGGUAUUCACCUUCUUCUCUUCUUCUACUACCUCUACUGCCUCAUCAUGGCCAUUGUUGCUGAUGACACUUCCUCCGCUUAA